UGUUUUUCAAAAAAGAUUUUACUUCGAAGUGAGAAUGUUUCGUUGCUUUCAUGAGAUUUUUUAUUAGGUUUUAUGUUAAAUAUUAAUCAGUGAGAGGCAGAUACAGUGUCUACUCCUCGUUUUUUCCUCCAAAAAUCGUACGAAACUGUGAAUUGUUAUUGUCCCCAGUGAAAAGUGCCCGAAAAUGACUCUUAACCUCGCAAAAACUCGACUUCUGAACCUGCGAGGAAUAAGUACCUCCCAGUGGCACAGAAAUCUCCCUCCCAACAGUGUAAUGAAUGUUUUUGAUAGGAAUGCAAAGCUUUUGCAACGGGAGAGGGCAGCUAGGGAUCCAGAGGUCAAGCUAUACGAUUAUUUGAAGGAGGAGGUGGGCUACAGGCUUGCUGACAGGGUUUUCGAUAUCAAGAGGGAGUUCCAAUGUGCCCUGGACCUUGGCUGUGGUCGUGGACAUGUCUCCAAGAAUAUUGAGCCAGCUAGCGUGAAGAAAUUGAUUUUAGCUGAUAUGUCUCCUAGCUUUGUUCAGCAAGCUGAGGCUCCUGAGGGAGUGGAGGUGGAGAGGAAGGUUCUGGAUGAGGAGUCCUUCUCACUCGGGGAUAACAGUCUCGACCUGGUCAUCAGUUGCUUGAGUCUCCACUGGGUGAAUGAUCUACCUGGCUGCUUCAGCAGAAUUAUUCAGAGCCUCAGGAGUGAUGGGGUCUUCAUGGCUGCUAUUUUUGGGGGUGAUACUCUCUUUGAACUGAGAAGUUCUUUACAACUCGCAGAGUUGGAGAGGGACGGAGGGAUCUCUCCUCACAUAUCACCUUUCACACAGAUCAGGGACAUUGGAAGCUUGAUGACAAGGGCUGGCUUCACGAUGCUCACUAUCGACUGCGAUGAAAUGGUCAUUGGGUAUCCUUCGAUGUUUGAACUCAUGUGGGAUUUGAAAGGCAUGGCAGAGAACAAUGCAGCUAGAAACCGAAAAUUACAUCUCAAACGAGAUACUGCAGUGGCAGCUGCAGCAGUUUACGAAGAGCUUUAUGGAAAAAUAAAGGAGGAUGGCAGCCCCUACAUCCCAGCGACUUUUCAAAUAAUUUACAUGUUGGGUUGGAAGCCAGAUGCCUCACAGCCAAAGCCCCUCGACAGAGGAACUGGCGAGGUUUCCUUGAAAGACUUGUACAAACUGGACCAGAUCAUCAAAGACGCCAAAAAGAUAAAAUUGGACGACGAGAAGUAGAUGAAAAUGUAGAAAGUAAAAUGUAAAAUAUAAUUUAUUCAACUCAAUAAAGUUGUAUUUUAUAUCAUAAAACAUUUGUCGGUCCACAUUACUGAAUGCAGAUAAAUGGGAAUGGAGAGUGCAGAAUUAGGAUAGAAUCCGAUUUGGUUAACGAUUCUGUCCGAUGUUAUUUGUCCUCGCACUGUUCCUUGUGCUUGACCACUCCCUUUUCGAUGAGGUCGGGGAUCUCCACUGCCAGCCAGGGUCCCAGCUGUAAUCAUAUAAAAUUUAUAUUGUACAUUUUCAAGUGAUAACUCCGAGGGUGAUUAGAAGCAGUUCUGGACAUACCCCAAGGGCCAUUGCGUGAGCGAUUCCAAACUUUGGAACGUUACGGGCCCAUAGGGGCUUGAAGUGAUCACUCAGACAAAUUUUUCCUCCUCUGUACAUUUUAGCUGUUUUCCCAUCUAAUUCUGGUAACGCCAGCUCGGGUGCAGUCACAGGAUACGUUACAGGAAU